AUGAAGCAAGCUGCAGCGCUCGCCCUCGCGGCCGUGCUGCCGUCCGUGUAUGCUGCACCGGCUGCUACCUCGUCGACAGCAGCAACCGUGACCGCAGCUGCUGCCACCGACAACCCGCUUGCCGGCUACAGCUUUUACGCCAAUGCCUACUACGCGUCUGAGGUCAGCGUGGCUGCUGCAUCCCUCAGCUCCGCGGGCAGCACUGCCUUGGCUGCUCAGGCUACCAAGGUCGCCGAAGUCCCCAGCUUCUACUGGCUCGACACCCGUGCCAAGAUCCCCAUGAUCGACGACUUCGCGAAGGACGUGCAGACCAAGAACGCGGCUGGCGCAAAGCUGACCCUGCCCCUGGUUGUCUACGAUCUUCCGGACCGUGACUGCGCUGCCGCUGCUUCCAACGGAGAGCUGGCCAUCGCCGACGAUGGUGUCAACAUCUACAAGACCGAGUACAUUGACGAGAUCGUCAAGAAGGUCAAGGCCUACCCCGAUGUGUUCUUCACGUUGGUCAUUGAGCCCGAUUCGCUCGCCAACCUGGUGACCAACCUGAACGUGGCAAAGUGCGCCAACGCUGCGGAUGCGUACAAGGAGAGCGUCACCUACGCCAUCAAGCAGCUCAACCUCGACAACGUUGCCAUGUACCUGGAUGCCGGACACGCCGGCUGGCUCGGCUGGCCUGCCAACCAGCAGCCGACAGCUGACCUGUUCAACCAGCUGUACAAGGACGCGGGUAGCCCGAAGGCGGUGCGCGGCCUCGCGACGAACGUGUCCAACUACAACGCGUGGAGCAUCGCCACGUGCCCUUCGUACACACAGGGCAGCACCAUCUGCGACGAGAAGCGCUUCAUUAACGCUCUCGGCCCGCUUCUCGAUGCCGGCAUCGCCCACUUCAUCGUCGACCAGGGCCGCUCCGGCAAGCAGCCCACCGCUCAGGAGCAGUGGGGCGACUGGUGCAACGUCAAGGACACCGGUUUCGGCAUGCGCCCGACCACCGAGACCGACGACGCGCUGCUUGAUGCCAUCGUCUGGGUCAAGCCUGGUGGAGAGGCCGACGGCACCUCGGACACGUCGGCUGAGCGCUACGACACGCACUGCGGUGCCAACAGCGCGCUCAAGCCCGCUCCUGAGGCCGGUACCUGGUUCCAGGCCUACUUCGUCCAGCUUCUUCAGAACGCCAACCCGGCUUUUUCUUAA